GCAGUCAACCUUCUUCCUCCUCUCGUUAAGAAAUCCUCCCAAGAAUUCCUAGUCUUCUGUUCAUCACAGUCCACUUUGGUCUUACGAACUGCUCUUUGAUUUUCCUCUCACAAAACCCAGCUCUCUUCUCACCCCAAAAAUGGAAAAAAAAUAAAAUAAAACAAUAAAUAAUAUAAAAGCCCAGCUCUCCUCAUGAAUUCAUGCAACAGAGCUAAUUGGUGGGCGGAGGAAUCGAAGCCCCCUUGACCUUACAGUCCUCAAUUUCCAUUACAGUCACCAUAGUUGACUGUAAAUUUGCUUCCUCUUCCUUCAAUCUGCUUUUGCUUUCUACCCAAUUGUCCAAAGCACUUUUUUUUGCAUGUGGGAUCUUCUAAUUCCCCGAAAAUUGCAGUUUCAGAGAUCCCCCCACAAGCUUAAUCUGCCAUAAAGGCACAAAACCCGGGUGGGUUUUUGUGCUGGAGCUCUGAAAUGGCCAACUGCUCAGAGGAAUUGGAUAAUGCAAUCGCAAAAUUGCAUCAAAACUUUCAGGAAUUGAGGUACCACCUUGAGAAGUCCUUCUUAGAGCAGGGCAGGGCCCUGUUGAAAUUUGAAGCUCAGUGGAAAGAUCUUAAGAAAGAUCUUAGCAGAGAAAACGAGCAGCGGCAGGUUCACCUGCAACAAAUGGGUUUCUCAAUUCCAUCAAAUGGGACAGAUCACUAUGCUUCUGCAAAUCCGAAUGCUGCCUCGUGGAGUAACGCUAGUGCUCAGCCGGCUGGAAAUGCUAUUCCUCGGCCUUCUGGAAAUGGUGCUCCGAAACUUCAUUGUGAGGUAUGCAAUAUUUAUUGCGACACCAAGGAUGUACUCAAUAAGCAUAAACAGGGGAAAAAGCACAAGAUGAAUUUGGAUAAGUUGAAAGGCAAAAAGAUUCCUGGAGAAAACAGUAAGAAGAGAGCAGCUGAUCAACCUCCAGAGGAUUUAGAAACUAAGAAAAGGAAGGUUCUUGAAAGUGGGGCAGCACCCGACGCUUUAAGGACUUGCGCGUUAUGUAAUGUGGUGUGUCUGAGCGAGAUGGAUUUCAACAAUCAUCGUGCCGGACAAAGGCACGUUGAAGCUGUUGCCGCAGCGAGGAGACAUGGUGCUGGAACAAGUGGAACAAAUGGCCAUUGGCAGUCGCAGUGGAGAUAUCACGGUUAGAAUUCAUAACUCUUGUAGAACUGCAGUGAGGCUGUGUAAGCUUCUAUAUAGAUAUCGAACUCUGAAGUGAGAUUUAACCUGAAUAAUGUCGUUACUGUUCUUAUACAAAAAUUAUUUUGUUCUCA